AUGUCUCGCAAUAUCUCCUACGGUCGCGGAGGCGCAGGCAACAUCACUCGACAACAAAGCGCCCCCUCCCCAAAGGAUCUUGUCACGCCCACCAUCAAGCAGGAAGUGUACACCACCGGUCGCGGCGGCUCGGGCAACAUGGUCCAGAAUAACCUUGACCGACCGGAGCUUGCGCGCGAGAGUCAAGACGUCGAAUCACCCCCCUUGCGCGCACAGCAAAUCCCCCACCACACCGGCCGAGGCGGCGUCGCCAAUGCCUACAUCCCCACACCCGAAGAGGAGGAACAAGAGAAGAGAAUUCAGGAGCAGGAGGCGGAGCUGAUGCGGGUGCGAACUCUCUCGAAGGAACGCGUCAAGGAGAUUGAACACGAGCGACAGGAGUUGCGGAGAGACUCGCCUGCUUCAUAA